AUGCCAACCCCCAUCCCAAUCGUGGACUCCCACAUCCACCUCUUCCCCGAAUCCCACCUCCCCACAUUAACCUGGUAUACACCCUCCAACCCCGGCCCCUUGGGCUCCCAGCACUCAGUCGACCAAUACCAACAGGCAACAAGGGAAGCGGCUGCUGCUGCUGCUUCUGCUGCUUCCACACUGCGCGGCUUUAUAUUCCUCGAGACAGACCGCCUCUCAUCCGUUGAAGAAUCAGGUGCCGGUGCACAUGGCUGGUCCCACGCCCUAGAUGAAGUCUCCUUUCUAGCCCGUAUUGCCGCUGGAAAGCCCGUUCCGGGUGAAGGGCAUAGAGCUGAGGAUCGUGGCCUUUGUUUAGGGAUUGUCCCGUGGGCGCCUGUGCCUGGUGGGCCGAGUGCGCUGGAGAAGUAUAUGGCGUUGGUAAGGGAGAGGGCCGAGGCGGAGGAGGCGGAGUCGGAUGAGGUAUGGAGCAAGAUCCGUGGGGUGCGGUAUCUAGUGCAGGAUAAACCGGCGGGUGUUAUGCUGCAGCCGGCAUUUAUUGAAGGAUUGAAGUGGUUGGGAUUGCAUGGUCUCACGUUUGAUCUUGGGGUUGAUGCAAGACAGGGUGGGAUUUGGCAGUUGGAGGAAGCGGUUGAGAUGAUGAGGAGGGUUUAUGAGGGAGUCCAGGGGAGGGAUAAAGUGACCAUCGUGAUCAACCAUAUGUGUAAACCAAAUCUCCGUCUCGAGUCUACUACUACUCCAGUCACCACGCAGCCUGACUUUCUGCAAUGGAAGGCCCAGGUCACAGCCAUGGCCCAGCAUCCAACUGCAUAUAUGAAGCUGUCUGGUGCGUUUUCUGAACUACCGCCUCUUUCCCCGGAUUCCGACCCGGAUAUUGUGUCUCUCGUGGAGAAGCUCCAGCCGUGGACGGAUGUCGUCUUCGAUGCAUUUGGGCCCGAGAGAGUAAUGUUUGGCUCUGACUGGCCGGUCUGCAAUGUGGGAGGGGGCGGAAACCAAGUCACCUGGAGCCGCUGGAGUCGUGUUGUUCAAGGUGUUUUGGAUCAGAGAGGACUAGACGAAGACCAAAGGCGAAGGUUUUGGGGGGAGGUCGCCGUGAAGGCUUAUGGGGUGACGAUAUGA